CAUCUACGCCUUCCCGCCGCCUGCCCCGUCGACGGCGGCCAUCGAGAACGGCCUGGCCGCGGUGCUGGCCGAGUACCGCGCAUUCGCGGGGGAGCUCGGCGAGGCCCCCGACGGCACGCCCGCGGUGCUGCUCAACGACCGUGGCGCGCGCCUCGUGGAGGCGACCGCGGACGCUGACCUCGUGGACAUGGCGCCCGCCAAGCCCACACCGGAGCUGCUCCGGCUGCACCCGGACAUCGAGCGGGAGCUCCGAUCCAAGAGGUGCUGAUAAUCUGAUACCAAUAGAACUGGCCCUCAAAAUUGCAAGUAAGAUUAGAGCACAAGAACGCUUUGCAGUGAUACCAAUGUGGCCUGAAGGAGUCCCUACCGCAGCAUCUGUUCAAGAAAUUCUUUUCUUUCAGGCCCAGACAAUGGAGAUGAUGUAUACAAUAAUUACAGAUGAGCUCAAGUCAAUGGACAAUAAGGACAUGCGCCCUGAAGAUUACUUGAGCUUCUUUUGUCUUGGAAACCGGGAAGAACCACCAUCUAAUGGCAGCCUAGAAUCAGAGAAAUCUACAGAUAAAAGUGCAGCGGGCUUAGCUACAAAAUAUCGACGGUUCAUGAUCUAUGUUCAUGCAAAAGGAAUGAUUGUGGAUGAUGAAUAUGUCAUUCUGGGUUCAGCAAACAUCAACCAGAGAUCCCUGGCUGGUUCUAGAGAUACUGAAAUUGCAAUGGGUGCAUACCAGCCUCAUUAUGCAUGGUCUACAAAGAAUGGACAUCCUGACGGCCAGGUAUACGGGUACAGAACGUCCCUGUGGGCAGAGCACCUUGGAACGAUCGAUGACCGCUUCAAGGAUCCUUCGAGUUUGGAGUGUGUAAGGUUUGUGAAUCAAAUCGCUGUAGAGAACUGGCGAAGGUAUACUGCAGAAGAAAUGAGUACAUUACAAGGGCACCUCCUCAAGUACCCAGUUAAGGUGGAGGCUGAUGGUAAGAUCAGCCCACUGCCAGACCAAGAAUGCUUUCCUGAUGUUGGCGGCAAGAUUCUGGGAGCUUCAACUUCACUUCCUGAUUCGCUGACCAUGUAGCGUCAUUACAUAAUUUUUUUUCAGAGUUGAACUCUGUAAUUGUCUAGAUUUGGUGGGAUUGUCACAGAACUUAUACUACUAGUGAAGUGCGCGCGCACUACA